AUGAACCGCGACUCCACCGGCCGCUUUCGCAUUAGCCCGUAUCGAUUCAUCAACGGACACGACGGUACCCAACGGCAUCAUGAAACUGACACACCUGGCCUACCCAACCACAGAUUUCAGAGCCAGGCUGCAUUCCCAAGCACGGAACGCUGGGGAUCUAUUCCAACAAGAGGAGCACCCCAUGUUACUCAGCAGGCCGCGGAUGCUAGUCGAAGGCGUCGACAUGAUGUCCCUCAGUCUCCGCCUCUGCCUCCUAGAAACCCUAAUCCCACCCCUCAGCCCCGUUUGGGCCCGUUUGACCACCCACUCCGACCACCACCCCAAUCACCUGCUCGACACCCAAACCAUCGCUCACCUCCUUUUGACCGGCCGCUCCGGCGACAGCUACCUAUUCCGGAUCCCUAUCAGCGCAAUGGCCUUCCGCCCUUUAGACAUUUUGAUCUAAACCCCCCUUUAACUCCAUUCGACCUAUCUAGCUCUGAUCCCUCCUUCUAUUCAUCAGAGGAAGAGGAUAGAGUCGCUCAGCGGCAGGAGGGCCUAAGACAGCGAGCAGCGUUUCUGGCGCAGCGCGAACGGAAUAUGACAGCUUGGGGUGAUGAGCUUUGCAGACAGCAUAGGGAGGUAAUUAGGCGGGAGAAGGAAGCGACUGUCAGGGAGCAGAAUCUGAAUAGGCGGGAAGAGCAUAUUCAGGCUAGGGAAGCGAUGCUGCCGAGGGCGAGGAGUAACGCGGUCCUUGGGCGGAUGGGGAUGGCGAUGGGAAGUUAGAGGACAGCUUCCUUAUGCCAUUGCAUCGCCAUAGGGAUGUGUAUAGACCUGCGUACGCUUCUGUACCACUGUAGGCUACCCAGGCGACGGUAUCCGCGAGUGUUAUAUUUUGUAGGUCGUAGCCAUACCAAACCAGAAGCCCCUACCAAGAACUCCCCGCGCGGUAUCAGGGGAUGAGGCUAGAACAUUCCAAAGCACUAUCUCUGAAUCACUUCUAUCGCUAUCUCGACUCACAUUC